CAUGGCCCAGCCAAGUUGACACAGUCUUAACCAUCACAGUAUUUAAGCAUAUAAUAAUAAGUUAAUGAAUAUUGUCCCCUCUACAGUGAUAGUAUCUUGAAUCUCCUUCUACAACUUGUUUUGAACAAAACAUAAAAAAGCUUGGCUACCUACAAAUGUGAAUGCUAAUGUGUGUAUAACACUUUUUACCUAAGGGAUCUCAGUCUGUUUGAACUGUCUUUAGUGAAGUAAAGGAGCCCUGGUGGCUGCUAACUGAAAGGGCAACAAUUCGAACCCACCAGCUGCUCCACAGGAGAAAGACGUGGCAGUAUACUUCAGUAAAGAUUUAUGGCCUUAGAAACCCUAUGGUGCAGUUCUGCUCUGUCCUGCAGGGUGGCUAUGAGUUGAAAUUGGGCAGUGGGUUUGGUUUUUGGGUUUUAGUGAAAUAAAGAUAGAGCCACCUUACUAUUUUUUGCUGUCUAAAAUCUUCCACACUGCAUUAAUCCUAUCCCAAAGCUACUUUUCCCUGUUGCUAGCAAAAUCAAUGCUUUUCCUAAACAGGAAUUGACAGAAAAGAGAUCUCUACCUUACUGAUUUUGGAAAGGUUGAGGGUUAGGAUGAAAGCAUGUAUUACCUAUAACUUCUAGUAAUCAGAACAGUAUCAUCAUUGUGGAGGUAUAUGCUUUAAAUAAAAUGUCAUAAUUUCAUGUUGGGAAAGCUGUUUAGCUACAAAUGUAUUUUAAAAAUCUCUAUUUCUUAUAAUAUCAUUGAGUGUGCUAAUGUGGAAGAAAAGAGAAUUGUCUGUUCUGGCCCUUUUUGGGGGGAUUAGUAGAGGAAUAGGGUUUUGGUCUCAUGGACAUAGAGAUGUUAUUCAACUACCUAGAGAUUUUCGUCUAUUUCUAGACUCUCUUCUGUUCCCUGGCUCUCUGUUUUCUGUCUUUAAACCAAUGCAACACUGUUUGGAUUACUGUAGCUUUAUGGUAAAUUUUGAGGCUGGAUACUGUAGUUCCUUCAAAUUUAUUAAUCUUUUUCAAGAUUUUAAAAGAACUAUUCUAGAUUCUUUCCAUUUGCAUUUAAACUUUAGAGUCAGCUUGUCAAUUUCUGUUUUAAAAAAGGCUAUUGGGAUUAUGAUUUAGAUUGUGUUGAAUGUAUUGUUUGGAGAAAAUUGACAUUUUAAUAAUAUUGAUUCUUCCUAACCAUGUCUGUAAUAUAUCACCCCAUUUAUUUAGGUUUUCUUCAAUUUCUCUCAGCAGAAUUAUUUGUAGUUUUCAAUGUAGAGGUGUUACACAUCUUGUUAAAUUUAUUUUUUUUUAACUAUAGAUAAGGAUUUUGUUUAUCCACAAUAGUGAGUUUGCUGCUUGCUUUUAACCAUUCUUUGCUAAGUUCCUAACAUAACGUCUUUAACUUUGUCUCAUCAGGAAAUAUCUUAAUUCAUUUGACUCUAGGAUUCCUUUUUCUGCCGUUGAGUGAAAUUUAGAAAUGUGCUUCUCCCUUAUUUUGGGAUGUCUUUUAGGAGAGGGAAGCUUCUUUUCCUUGGGGAAUCAAAGAAUGAUAUUCAUAGAGUAUACAUUUUAUAAAGGAACCAGUUUCGAUUCUUUGGAGAAUGUUCAUUUUCAUGCUACAGUGCAUUAGUCGUAAUAGUUAGGAAGAAUAAAAAUGUUGCAUUUUAUUUGCAUGGCCUUUUAUAGUGUCCUGUAUACAUGGAAUUUUGAAAACUUUUAUUUUCCUGUUGUUUGCUGCUUAUAUAUAGAAAUUCAGUUGAUUUUUGUAUGCUGAGUCCUUGCUGAACUUACUAGUUACAGUGAAUGUUUUUAAAUUUGCUGUUUAGUAUAUUUCUGUAGCUAAACAAUCAUGUUUAUGGGAAUUGUCUGUGAAUGGGAACAGUUUGCCUUUUAUUUAUUUUUCUUAUCAGUAUUGCACUGGCUGAGACCUUAUACCAGUACCAUGCUGAAUAGAAAGUGGUAGGAUUGGAAAUCCUUGCCUUUUUCCUAGUCUUAGAAGGAAAUCAUUUUAGAGUUUCGCCAUUAUGUAUGAUGCUACCUGUAACUUAGGUAUAUGUGUUUUUUAUCACAUUGAGGAAGUUUCCUUCUAUUCCUGGCUUACUAGUUUCCUUAGACUUUUCAUCAUGAAUUCAUGUCAAAUUGUGUCACUUUAUCUAUUGAGAUGAUCACGUGGAUUUUCUUCUUUGUGAAUAUUGUGGAUUUCAUUGAUUACUUUAUUUUUUAUAGUUAAACCUUUUAUUCCUGGGAUAAACCCCACCUGGUUAUGAGGAUUUUUUUUUUUUAAAUAUAUAGGUGAAUUUGAUUUGCUAAUAUUUUAUUCAGAAAUUUUGAGUGUAUCAUUAUGAGAGCUAUUGGUCUGUAAUUUUUUUUUCUUGUAAUAUCUUUGUCAAGUUUUGAUAUUAUGUAUACUGGUUCCAUGUCAUAAAUUGGAAAGUUUUUUUUUUUUUCUAAAAACGUUUGUGUAAAAUUGUUCUUAUUACUUAAAUCUUUGAUUAGAAUUCAGUAGUGAAACCAUGUGGGCCUGGAGUUUUCUUUGUUGGGAAGUUUUUUUUUUUAACAUCCUUUUACUUUUAAACUUAUUUGUUUCUUUGUUCUUAAAAUGUGUCUCAUAGAUAACAAAUAGUUGUGUUUGUUUUCUUAUCUAGUCUAACAAUCUCUGUCUUUCAAUUGGAGUUUUUACAUAUACUGUAUAUAUACUGUACAUAUUGAUAUGGCUGGAUUUGGAUCUGCUGUUUGCUAUUUAUUUUUUAUUUGUCUCAUCUGGUUUUUGUUCUUGUUUUAGUAUUCAGUUUUGAUUCCUCUGUUGACUCUUUAGCUCCUUUUUCAUUAGUGGUUGUGCCAAGGCUUACCUCUCACAGUUGGAAAGACAUCCUUGAUCACCAGAUUCAUGUAUGACAGUUUUGACAACACUUAUCAGGCAACAAUUGGCAUUGACUUUUUGUCAAAAACAAUGUACUUGGAAGAUCGAACAGUUCGAUUGCAAUUAUGGGACACAGCAGGUCAAGAGCGGUUCAGGAGCUUGAUUCCUAGCUACAUUCGUGACUCCACUGUGGCAGUUGUUGUUUAUGAUAUCACAAAUGUUAACUCAUUCCAGCAAACUACAAAAUGGAUUGAUGAUGUCAGAACAGAAAGAGGAAGUGAUGUUAUCAUCAUGCUAGUAGGAAAUAAAACAGAUCUUGCUGACAAGAGGCAAGUAUCAAUUGAGGAGGGAGAGAGGAAAGCCAAAGAGCUGAAUGUUAUGUUUAUUGAAACUAGUGCAAAAGCAGGAUAUAAUGUAAAACAGCUCUUCCGACGUGUUGCAGCAGCGUUGCCUGGAAUGGAAAGCACACAGGACAGAAGCAGAGAAGACAUGAUUGACAUAAAACUGGAAAAGCCUCAGGAGCAGCCAGUCAGUGAAGGAGGCUGUUCCUGCUAAUCCCCCCAGCAUCUUCAGCUCUUCACCAGAAGCUUACUGCUUUGGCCCCCUUACUCUUCCAUUGACUGCAGUGUGAAUAUUGGCUUGAACCUUUUCCCUUCAGUAAUAACGUAUUGCAAUUCAUCAUUGCUGCCUGUCUCGUGGAGAUGAUCUGUUAGCUUCACAAGCACAAAAAAAAGUCAGUGUCUUCAUUAUUUAUGUUUUACAAAAAGCCAAAAGAUUUCAGCAUAUUCCAGUAAUAACUUUAAAAAUUAGAUACAUUUUCUUAACAUUUUUUUCCUUUUUUAAUGUUAUGAUAAUGUACUUCAAAAUGAUGAAAAUGUCAAUAUUACAAGUGUGGCUUGGUUAAGGAGUAGUAUGUUCAAAGCAGCACUUGCCUACCUGCUUGAUCUUUUCCUUCUUUUCUCACCUCUCCCAUUCUCUAUUCUCACCCUCCCUUCCUCAAAACGAAGUGGCAAAGCAGCAGUAAGACCAAGCCCAUUGGAAUUACCUUUAGGCCUUUUGGGCAAAAGUGUCCAAAAUAAUUCUUGAGCUCUGAUAUAAAUUACUUAGACCUUCUUUGAGGUCAGAAUUCAGCUAUCAUGGUGGGCAGUGCUUGAAUAAGAAAAGAGUUCUGAUGCAUCUUCAAAGUGAGUCCUAAUGAACAUACCGAGUACUUACAAGUAGAGGAGCAUGAAAUGUAUUUAUGACCAAAACAAAUGACCCUUUCACAUGUGCUUUAUUAGAUUCUGGGAGAGAGACGUGAACAAAUGCUUUAGUAUAGAUUUUUAAUAUUUAAUUCUUUAUUGUAAAAAUCACAAAGUUCUGGUGAAUUAUUUCUCCCAAGAUUUUUCAAUUGUCAACUUAGAGUUAUUCUAUUUGUUAGAAAAACCUUUUAAAGCAAUAGAUUUCUCUUGAGUUUUCUUUUCUUAAAAAUGCUGGGCAGGCAAGGCACUGUUGAAGUCAAAUUCCUUUAAAAAGAACCAGUGGAAGAAUUUUAAUUUGGCACCAUGAUCAAAACUACUAUAACCAAUAGAAACAAUGAUAUCUAAAACCUAUCGAUGAAAGAACCUUCAGCAGCAGAAUAGCAGAUACUUUACUCAGGAUAUUUGACGUCAAACUGAAGGAGGAAACGUUUUUUUUUACAAGCCCCUACAGGCAGAUUUGAAAAAGCAUACACAGAAGAGGAGAAAGAGAAUGGAAAUAAAAUAUAAUAUUAUGCAGACUUAUGCCUUAUUUUCUAGCUUUUUUUUUUUUUUAUGUUGGGUUGCUCAGGCUGGUUUUGCCUUUUAUUAGAUCUGCAUAGUUUGGUUAAUUAACUAGCGAUUUAGUUUUAUAUUUAAGCUACAAUUAAUCUUUUUUUUUUUCUUUGAUGAUAUUUAUUUCUUUGCUUUUUUUUUAACUACUCUCAAUUUUUGGACGUUUUGUUCAAUAUUUAGAGCUUGAUCACCAUGGCAAUAUGUAUUUCCCUUAAAACACUGCAAACACAUAUACUAGGAGUGUACCCUUUUAACCUUUACUAGUUAUUGUGAGAUUGCUGUGUAAGUUAAUAAACACAUUUGUAAAUACAUUGUUUGCAGGAAGAAAAUUUCUGAGUUACAGCUCAGGAAAACCCUGCUAAAUUUAUGUUGUAAGCAUUACUUAACACAGUAUAAAGGUGAAAAGACAGCAAAAAUAUCUUCAUACUUCCUCAUCCCCUCAUGGCAACAAAACCCUUUAAGAACCUUAUUCUCCUGUCUUUCUUCUUCCUCCUCCACUUCCCACUUACUGUCACCUUGUAAUAUUCAGAGAGCACUUGGAUUAUUGAUCUGAAUAGAGAAAUGCUUUCAGAUAAUCAUUAGCCCACAUACGAGAAACUUAUGCUGAAAGACAAGAUGGAGUUGUAAAGUGCUUUUAUAAUGCAAUAUUAUUGUUGAAGGUAACGGUUGACUCUCUUGUUUUAUUUUGACAUGGCAUGUCCUGAAAUAAAUAUCAAUUCAAUAUGGCAGAUGGGUCAUAUUCUUUAUUUGGAAGAUGUUGUGAUUUCUGACAAGGGGGUGAUUGUCUUCCCACACUGUAGCAUUUGAUUGUUUUUAUGUAUCUUUAAGAAAGUAGCCAGUUAUGCCCUUUUCGUAUUGGUCUUUUUAUUUGGCUUGGGGUUCUUCAACUGAAGCAGUGAAGUGCAUUCAUAGUCCAGAUUUUUUUUUUUUAAAUACAAUUUUGCCACCAAAAAUAUAUAAAGAAAACAAUAGUUGACUUGGUUUCCCGUUCCUGCCAAGAUGGUAAAUUAGCAUGUACUUCUUGCUCCCUGCCUAGAAGAACUAUAAAGGGAAAAUGGGAUCUAGAAAAACAACAAAAGUGAGAAACCCCUGGGGAGUGAGAAGACAGUUUUCAACUGUUGUGGAGAGGGUGGCUGCAAUUUGUAAGAUAAGGCUGCUGGUAGAAGCAGUAAUAGGGUAUGUU